GCCUUACUUCAUGUACGUCGAGCUGAACGCGCACCUGCAGCUGCGCACUGGUCUGGACGGCAAGAGGCUCAUUCACCUGGUCUGCAUCUUCUGGAAGUUGUUCUUCGGCGGUCUCCUUCGGAAGCCGAGCAGCCGUGAGUGCGAAUUGAACUUCGAUCCGACUUGUCACGGCUACUUGGCGCACCGCAGGCGAGAGGACGCGAUGAUGGUCUCUCGUUGUGUGGGAUAUGCUCUCAGACAGAAAGGCCUUCGCAGCGUCUCGGAAUUGCUGGAUAUGUCGAACGCUUUCGCUUGCACGCCACUCGAGUGGCUGGAUGGGGCAGUUGAGGAGCUGGCGGAGCCGGUGGACUGGGCCCUGCUGCACGACAGGAUUCAUCAUCACAUCGUGGAGGUUGAGGCGCGUGGCGAGGCGUUACAUUUCGCCCUCGGACGCGGAGGUCUCAUGGGGACCUGUGAGGCGCCCAAGGAGUUCGCCGUGGCAUUUCGAAGAGCCGUACAACAAUGGCUUGCUGAGUGUGCUGCUCAGGACGACCUCCUCUUAUUCAAGACACCUAUACUGGGGCUACCUGUUUCAUGUGCCGUGGUGCAGUUCGCUGACGAUUUGAAGAAACGCCACGUCAUCCUGUCUGGUUUGGCUACCGACGCACACACAAUCAUCGAGGAAAGCCAGACGUUGCCAAUCACGGAGCUCGAGAAGGGGGGCUUCAAACAGAACAUGAAGAAGCGCGAGAUG